AAAAUGGCACCAAAACACAACAUUGUAGGUCUAUAUAAUGACUUGACAGCUGCAUGUUUAUAUAAUUUCGCCUAGGGCCCCAAAAUGGCUAGAUCUGCCCCUGACUGUAAACUUGUAAACAAACAUAUAGGUAGGCCCUACAUGACAGUUUCCGCAAAUUACAUUUCAUUGCAACUCGCAGACACUUUUUAACCAGACAUUUACUAUCAAGGACAGAAUCAUAGCCAACAACACUAGCACAUACAGAGUGCACAGAAUACAGAACACUAAGCGAAGAUGCUAAGUAGGUAGUGUUUUUAUUUACAUUUUUACUGUUUUAAUGUACAUUAGCAGCACACGUAGAGUAGGCCACAUACCAUUACACACAUUGAUGUUCAUAGGACACAAACACCAUGCUGUUUCUUGCAAUAAGUGGCACGAGGUUGCCAAUUUUCAAAUCAGGCGGCCGCGGCGGCGUGGCUCAGCAGGACGCCCUGGUGGUGAAAUGUUCAUCGUUCAUUCUACCGUGUACCGUCUAUCGGUCUCUGCAACCCUCCCCCACACCCAGUCCACUCUCUUGAGAUUUAGCUCGUUCUGCAACAUAAUACCCAACCAUGCGCAUGCGCGUCUUUUCGGGGAUAAUGCAAAUAUGACUGCGCCACCACAUCGCAAAGAAGAACAGUCAGAGAGACUAGUGAGUUUAAAUCACUCCGCCAACGUAAAAACCACAAACAUACGCUAAAAGGGCAACGUUUAUCCCAUAACUAAACAACUCAGAACAGCAAACCUGGCGAGAUCUGGCAACACUAGAACUCCACUCUUGUUGCCCGUUCGAGAACGUUCCCAUGUAGCUGCAGAGAGGGAGCGGAAAAGAUGACGUCAAGCGUUUAGCGUCAUCUUCAAUUGUGCCAGAUUGGGCGCAAUUUGGCGGUUUAUGAUAGCCUUCUGCUGGCAAAAUGAGUAAAAGGGGCAUUUGGUUGGGUUUUUCCUGCAUAAUUUUGCCCAUAGAAAGCAAUCGAAUUGAGCACAAAUGGGGUGGGAUUUAGUGCUUCCAGGCAGAUUUUGAGCAUUUUUUGGGCUGGAAAUUAUCAGUGUCAUCUGGCAACCCUGGUCACCGUGCCCCUUGUGUUCAGGGGUUUCGAAUUUUUGCGAGCGAAAUGCGCAUUAAUAUGGAAUAAAGCGUUCCCCGCGAACACUCGAAUUGCAGCACGCUUAACCACGCGGCGCUCCCACACCACACAUUUGCGACGGCGCAAGAAUUAGCGUUAUAUUCCAACAAAGUAGUUGCAUUGUCCCGUGUCCACCAUCGCCAGUACAGACGCAGACCUUUUAAGCUCCUCUGUCGGGGCUCAAGCGAUCACAUGGCCGCGUGUCUGCCAAUGAGCGGCGCUGCUGCGUGUUUUGCUCACUGGGCUUUUCUUGGAGACGACAGGCGAACUAGCGGCUGGGGAUGUUUUCAAACCAGCACUGAGCUAGGAACAGACGUCACACAGUUGUAGUAGUAGGUUAAUGCGAAUUUAAACCAAUUAUUACAAAACAGUUUCAUUUACAACAAGGUGCGCUCCGUUGGUACAUGAGCAAGAGGACGUGAGCAUGUCUGUUACGGUGCAGCAUGCGCGGUGCAGGCCCUAGUCUGCUGCCUGUAGGCAGAGGAGAGCCGAGGAGAGCAGAGGCAGCAUGGCCAAACCUGGCAGCGACCGGGACACGGCCAUGGGGGAGAAGCCAGCAGGCAAGAAGAGUAAGGAUAAGCUCUCUCCGUUCACCAAGACCCCCAAGUUGGACCGUAGUGAGUUUCUGGGUAAGGAGGGCCUCAAGUCCCGCUCCUCGUCCAUGAAGCGCAAACUCUCCUUCACCGCCAGCCCCACACACACGCCACGCAACCAGGAGAAGGACUCGGACACAGAGAAAGAUGGUCCUGAUAAGAAGCGCACUAAAAAGGAGGCAGGAGGAGGUGGCACUAAUAAGAAGACGACCUCCUCCACCACCACCUCCUCUUCCUCCACCUCCUCCGCCUCCGCUUCCAAUUCCACUUCCUCCUCGUCCUCCGGCAGCUUCCUGUUUGGGUAUCCGCUCUCCGAACGCAAGCAGAUGGCGCUGCUCAUGCAGAUGACGGCACGCGACAACAGCCCAGACUCGACUCCUUCCCACCCUCCCCAGACGCCCCAGACGGCGGUGCAGAAGAAGCUUGCGGGGGGCGGCGGCUCAGCGUCGUCGUCACGGCGACAGGACAAGGUCAACAAGCGCAACGAACGCGGCGAGACGCCACUGCACAUGGCCGCCAUCAGGGGCGACGUCACGCAGGUGAGGCAGCUGAUCAGCCUCGGAGCUGAUGUCAACGUCAAGGACUUCGCAGGCUGGACUCCGCUGCAUGAGGCCUGUAAUCUUGGUUUCUACGAGGUGGCGAAGGUUCUGAUCUCGGCGGGGGCAGAGGUCAACACGCAGGGCCUGGACGACGACACACCACUACACGACGCCUCCAGCAGCGGACACAAGGAGAUUGUGAAGCUGCUUCUGCGCCAUGGUGGCAACGCGUUCCAGGCUAAUAAGCUGGGCGAGCGGCCGGUGGACGUGGCGGACUCCAAGGAACUGGAACUGCUGCUGAAGGGGGAGAUACCACUCUCAGACGCCGAGGAGACCAGCUCAUACUCUGAGGACCCGCCCUCCGUCAACCCCUCCAGCGUUGACGACGACAACAUGGACGACUCCGAUGUGGAGAAGGACUCGGAACCCGGCAACAAGCAGCAGCAACCGUCGUCAUUGGCAACGGGGGGGACGAAGGCCUCCUCUUCAUCCUCAGGUGGCCUGGACGAGUACGAGUUCAAGGACGAAGAAGAAGAAGAGGAAGAGGAGGAGGAGGAGGAUAAGAGGACUAGAAGGAGAAGAGAAGAGGAGGAGGAUAAGAGGAGUAGAAGGAGAAGAGAAGAGGAGGAGGAUAAGAGGACUAGAAGGAGAAGAGAAGAGGAGGAGGAUGACGAAGAGGAGGAGGAGCAGUUGAGCAAGGCGCUGAGUGACCGGCGGAGGCGCCACCUCCUGCGGCGAGACCUCCCUCGUCAGGACGAGGAGGCGCAGCCGAGAGGAGGACGCAACCACUACACCUCCUCCAAGCAGCCUGCGGGCAAGAGCGACGCCACAACGCCCAACGCCAACGCAACCUCCGCAAAACCCAAGAAGUCCAAAACGACGGCGACGGCGGCGGCAACGCGUGCGUUCUAUUGCACUUCGGACAGCUCUAGUGAUGAGGGCGACAAUACCAUGACGAUGACACCCACCGCGGAGAGGGAGAGGCAGAAGGAGAAGGGGUCUUCUCCGCCGCGGACAGAGUCUGAGACGAGCAGGACUGCCAAGUCGUCAGAGAGCAGGAGUCAUAAGAAGGAGGCUCAGCAGGGAGGAGGAGGAGGAGGAGGAGUGGGCUCGGACCUCGUCAAGGACAAAGGCAAGGUGAAACGGAAGAGCAAGAGCCAGAGCAAGAACAAGGAGAACCAGGAAGUGUUGUCACGUGACGACGGCAAGGAGAACAGCGCCAGCAAGGCGGCCAUGAUGCUCUACUCCUCCACCUCCUCCACCACCACCUCCUCCGAGAGGGAGGUGGCCGCCGUCGUGGACAAGGUUAGCAGAGGAGGAGGAGGAGCAGGAGGGGAGGAGGACUCCCACUUCAAGAUGUCCUUCAGCCCCAAGGACGACUCCUCAGUGCAUCUGUUCCACCUCUCUGCCGUGGUCAAGUCUCCCAAGCUGAGUGCCAACCACAGCCUUCAGAACCCCGCCACCACCACGCCACUCAAACAGGACAACUCCAAGGCCUGCGCUACCCCGGCAACCACAGCACUAGCGACAGGGGAUGCAGCCUGCCCGGCGGCGGAGGGCGUGAAGCUGAACCACUGCGGCGCCGGCGUUGCGGACGGGGAGUACUGCCUGGAGAGCACCAGCAGUAAAGGAUGCAAACACAAGGAGAAGAGCAAACACCAGCAGAAGGAGGUGAAGAAGGAGGAGAAGGAGGAGGAGAAGACCAAACACCUCCUGCACCAGAAGGAGCAGAGGGAUCAGCUGGCGGCCAUGAUGGAGGGAGACGACGGCAGCUCCAGCCCCUUCAAGGACGCCGGUUGCCACAGCAACAGCAUGGACAGCACGGACGGCUCGCUGAGGAAGACGCUGGACAAAGACGGCAAGGUGGUGAAGAAGCACAAGCUGAGGCACAAGGAGAAGGAGAAGGAGAGAGAGAAAGAAAAAGAGAAGGAGAGAGAGAAGGAGAGGGAGAAGGAGAGGGAGAAAGAAAAAGAGAAGGAGGGAGAGAAAGAAAAGGAGAAGGAGAGAGAGAAGAGCCGGAAGGAGUGCGAGGCCGACCGGAACCGGCACCACCGAGACCGAGCCACCAAGGACACCAAGGACGCGAGGAAAACGGACCAGGGUCAAGGCCAACGGAACGCCAGCGCUCCGGAGUUCGACCGAGAGUUCUGGAAGGAGAACUUCUUCAAGAGCGAUGAGAAGGAGGAGCUUAUGUCCAUGGGGAAGAACAACAAUAGCAGCAGCAGCAGCAGCAGCAGCAGCAGCGACUCCUCACAGAGCGGCACCUCCUCCACCCAGAAACCCCCUACCUCCUCGGAGAUAUCGCCCCCUGCUGUCAAGGAAGAGAAGGGCGCCACCUCCAUUAAAGAGAAGCAUAUUGGUAGUAGCAGCUCUAGCGGCGGCAAGGACAGGCGACCGAAAGAGGAGCGGGAAAAAGAAAAGGAGAGGUCUGUGAAGAAGGAGAAGAAGGAGACCGCCGUCUGCAAGGAGGAGAGGAGGGAUGGAAGGGAAGGAGCGAGAGAGGAGAGGGGGGGGAGCAGUAGGGAAGGAGAGAGGGAAGCGGAGGAGCGCGUGUUGUCAGACGGCCUGGAGGACUCCUCCCAGCACAGCGUGAAGGAGGAGGCCGAGGAGAAACCUGUCGCCGCCGACCACCACCAUCCUCCAGACCAGCAGGAGGCGCCAGAGAGAACAACAACAACAACAACCACCUCCUCGACCCGCGACAAACCAGAGAAGAAGCCCACGACCACCUCCUCCUCCUCCUCCAAGGCAGACCGGGAGGCCGACAAGUCGACGGAUAAAAAACAUCCCGACAAGGAAAAGAAGAUCAAAGCGGAGCACUGCCCUGAGAAAUGCGACCCGCUAAGCUCCUCCUCCUCCUCGGACCGGUGGAAAGACCGGGAGAAGACGACGACGUCAUCGUCAGGUGGUAGUAGUGGCGGCGAUAAAAACAAGGAAAGCGAAAAACUGAAAUCAGUUUCGACGCCAGCGAAAAAGCACGAGGAAAACCGUAAGAGCGGGAAGGAGAAGCCGGAUCGGAAAAGCGAGAAGGAGCGCCCCGAGAAGGAGCACGCUGCUGCGGAGCACCGAGACCGAGACAAGACCAGCUCCGACAGGAAAGCCAAAGGCCCCGAGAAAACAACAGACCACAAGGAGAAAGAGCGAACCAAGGAGAAGGAGAAAGAGCGGGAGAGGAAGAAGGAUAAGUCUAAGGAGAGCUCGUCCUCGUCCUCCUCGUCCUCUGGCUCCAACCUGAAGCUGCUCCUGGACGAUAAGAAGGGCUCCUCAUCCGAGAGCAGCAGCCGGGGAACCAGCACCCCCUCCAGGCAGAAGGAGGACACCACACCCCGGACGCAAGACAAGGAGCGAGAGAAGGACCGGGACAACAAACGGGAGCGAGAUCGGGACUCGGAUCGCCACAACAGGGACCGGGAUCGCGAUCGAGAUCGGGAGCGACACAAGGACAAGGACAAGGAGAAGGAGAAGGAGAAGGAGCGCUUGCAGCAGCAGCAGCAGAGCAAGACGCCCAAGUCCAACAAGUCGAGCGAGUCGGGCUCGGAGGCGGCGGAGCGGGAUCGAGAGCGGGAUCGGGACCGGGCCUCCAAAGUGUCCAAAGCCUCUCCGUCCUCGAGAGACGCCGCGCGGCCCAAAGAGAAGCGUCUGGUCAAUGACGAUCUGAUGCAGACCAGCUUCGAGCGCAUGCUCAGUCUCAAGGACCAGGAGGUGGAGCAGUGGCACCGUAAGUACCUGGAGAAGAUCAAGCAGAAGGAGCGCGAGCGGAUGAAGCAGCAGCAGAGGCCUGGUGGCAGCAGCAGUGACCCGAGCAGCAAGCAGAAGAGCAGCAAGGACAAGGACAAGUCUAAUAGAACCGCGCCCUCCUCCUCCUCCUCUUCGGCAGCGGAUUCCUCCUCUGUCUCCGUCGCCGGCGGCAACAAGGAGCUCCUGCGGUCCCGGAGCUCGGAGGCGUCCGAGAGUCGCCACGACAACAGCAGCAGCCGCGACAAAGCGCCGCGGGACGCCACGAGCGGCGGCAGGACGUUGUCUCUGGAUUCUAAAAAUCUGUCGUCGUCGUCGUUUGGGAAGCUGGCGCCCUCCGCCGCCGCGCUGGAGAACAGCUUGAGCCGGUCGCCGCGGCCCGACAGCGAACGCUCUGCGGCAACGACAACGACCGCAACGGGCCUCAUGUCCCGCUCUGUUUCCAUGGUGUCCGUGGCCAGCUCCGAGGACUCGUGUCACGCGCACAGCACGCGGCCGGCCGAGUACGACUCGGACCUCAACCUGGAGGCGUCCGACUCCCAGCCGCCAUUCCUGCCGUCUUCCCUCAGCUCCAACCUCCAUCUGCAGUCCUCCAAAUCACCGCUGGUACACGACAGAGACAGAGACAAAGACGCCAGCAACAGUCUUCCGGAGGCUCAGAGUAGCAGCAGCAGCAGCAGCAGGACUCCCGUGUCCCUAUCGGGCCGCCACGUGUCCCCGUACCUGAAGGCCAUCCUGGACGAAGACGCCAGGCCUGCGCCGACCGGCGGCCGAGGGUUUGAGGACGCCCAGAAGUCCGGCUCAGUGGCCCUCCAACACCCCCAAAACGACGAGCUGAGGUCUCGGACAGAACCAGCAGGAGGAGGUGGACCGUCAGAAUCGAGUUUGCUGCUGCAGGUGCCUGAUACUCAGAGCCAGAGCCAGAGCCAGUCCACACCCACGCCGUCUGUUGCCGCGGAGACCGAGGGUCUUCCUCACCCAGAAGGGGAGGGUGCUGGUGCCGCCACUACCACUACCACCGGCCCACACGCCACACAGGUCUCGGCACCGGGGCCUUCGGCCGCAACACAGGGCCAGCUAACCGGCCAAUCAGACGCCACUUCCACCACCGCCGUCUCCCUUGACGACCGGCACCCAAAGCCGUCGCUACCAGAAGGCUCCACGGCGACGGGAAGUGACUCCGCCCAGUCCGCGUCAGCGUCGUCCGAUGACACGCCCCCGCCCCCGCCCCCCUGUGCUGACAGGAUGGAGAGUCUGGCCGCCGCCAUCGACAGCAGGGAGCUGACCGUCACGCUCGGCGCUCGAGUGGACAUUCCGCUGUCUCCACGACGACCACUAUCUCAGCAGCAGCUGACGACGACGACGCAGCAGCAGCAGCCGCCAGCCGCCACCAAAGCAUCUUCGCUUCCGGGUUCCAGUCAGAACCAGCGGUCGGAUCCGGCCCUCGAUCCGCCGAGCGCCACUGCUGACCCAGCCUCAGAAAGACCGGACGCCCCGACGCCCACGACGAAGGCGGAGCUGAGAGACAGAGCUGCGUCGGCAGAGACGAUAGAGGAGGCCAGGUCAGAAGAGAGGCUUGCUGCUUCGUCAGCGGCGGGUUCUAGAACGGAAUGCACCGCCACCCCUCUGAUGGCGAAGGACACGCCUCAACCGAUGGACACCAGUGACACCGGUGACGUCACCGACGCUGCCACCACGAGGCCGCCUGCAGCCAGUGACGUCUCGUCCAGCAGCGAUGUCCUGCUCCUCCAUCACCCCCCGCAGGCUACUGCUGAGCCCAGCCCGCUGCCCCCUGGUGGCCCGAGCCUGAACUGCCCACUGCCCACGGAGGAGGAGCCUAUGGAAGUGGACGCCCCUGAGACCACGCCCACCACAGAGGCAGCAGCCAAUCAGAAACCCAGCAGCACUUCUUCUCGGGAGGCCACCGCCACUGCUGACGCCCAGCUACUGUCUACAUUAGGACAGUCUGCAUCGGAGAGCAAGGCUGGCGAGGAGAGACGCGAGCUGCUGACGCCGCCGGGCGCUGCUGCUGCUGCUACCGCAGAGGAGAAUCGGGCGCCAGCGGACCCCACAGACGCCGCCGAGAAGAGCCAGAGCUGCGGAGCAACCGUCGCCUUGGCGACCAGCUGCAGUGUCGCUAUGGAGACCGAAGGAGGGCUGGAGGGCACCACCACCACCUCCACGGAGAGCUCCUCCCCCUCGCCGCUGUCACUGCCCGCCGUCGCCGUCGACAACAGGGAGGACGCGGACGGCUCGGGAGCCAAGGCCAAGGUUCCGGUGGCGGUGGCAGUGGCGGUUGGUUUUGAGAGGUCGGCGGAGGAGGAGGAAGUGGACCUGGCGCUGCUGCACCACCCCAGGAAGAGGAAGCUAGCGCGCGCCGUAGCGGCCGGGGCCUCACCAUCCCUGCUCACCGCACAACAGGUGAGAGAGCGUGCGCAGCAGUCCCUGGCGUCCAUUGUGGACUCUCUGAAGUUGGAGGAGAUUGAGCCGUAUCAGACGGAGAGGGCCAACCCUUACUACGAAUACCUCCACAUACGCAAGAAGAUCGAGGAGAAACGCAAGGUCCUCUGCAGCGUGAUCCCUCAGCCUCCUCAGUACUAUGACGAGUACGUCACCUUCAACGGCUCCUACCUGCUCCACGGCAACCCCCUCAGCAAGCUCUGCAUCCCCACCAUAACUCCGCCGCCCUCGUUGCCGGAGCCCUUGAAGGAGAUGUUCAAGACCCAAGAGGUCGUCCGCAUGAAGCUCAGACUGCAACACAGCAUCGAACGGGAGAAGCUGAUCGUCUCUAAUGAGCAGGAAGUGUUGCGUGUCCACUACCGCGCCGCCAGGACGCUGGCCAAUCAGGCGCUCCCAUUCAGCGCUUGUACCGUCCUAUUGGACGCUGAGGUCUACAACAUGCCCCAGGAGGUCCAGGGUGAGGAUGGCAAGGCGUCUGUGCGAGAUCGCUUCAACGCGCGGCAGUUCAUGUCCUGGCUGCAAGACGUCGACGACAAGUUUGACAAGCUCAAGACGUGUCUGUUGAUGCGUCAGCAGCACGAGGCGGCGGCCCUGAACGCGGUGCAGCGUCUGGAGUGGCAGCUGAAGCUCCAGGAGCUGGAGCCAACAACCUCCAAGACCGCCACCAGCAUCUUCCAGAUCCCAGAAUUCCACAUCCCCCUCGUGGAGGUCAACGAUGACUUCGACCUCACUCCCAUCUGACCCCCACAUGACCUCAUAUGACCCCCACGUGACCCCCGGGGGUGUUGAGGAGCCCUAGGGGGGCGUUCAGAAGGAGAUGGCUGAGAACGGAGGGGCUGGGGGUGGGCGGAGCUCAAU